UUUCAUUUCUUCUUCAAGAAAGAAUUGGAGAGAGAGAGAGAGAGAUAGUGAGAGAUAUUCAUCUAAUCCUUCCUGAAGAAUCAGACCCUCUCUUUCUCUGUGUGUCUCUAAUAUCUUAGCCGUCCAAUUCUUCUUCAACGGUCAUUUUCUGUUCAAUUCACCAAGAGCUUAAAAGGGUCUGUUUCAUUAGGGGAAUUUGCUAAAUUCUAAGUGGGUUUUGAGUGGUUGACACUUUUUAAGAAUGGCUGAAUCGAUUGCUACAACAUCCAUUCUUGGGCAUCGACCAUUGUGUCAAGGGACUUUUGUCAAGGAUCUUUCAUGCAAAUGGAGAUCUUUGGGUAACUGCUGGUUCCCGAUUACAGAAUUUCUUGGUGGAAGGCUUGUUGCUUCUCCUACUUUGCCAAGAUUGAGAGCUGAUCGGUUGGAAAUUUCAUCAAUUAAGGCCUUGGCAAUGGAGCUGACUAAAGAGGCAUAUUCGUUCAGAGAAGAGAGAAUUCCUAGUGACUGGAAUUAUGAAUUUGACAAUGACUUUGACCGAAAACCUGGUUUGUGGCCACCCGAGAACAAAGCUGACAAUCCUUCACUACACAAUCCCCUCCUUAGACAAGAAAGAAUGGGAUCUGGUUGGUUAGGUGCCAUAUUUGAAUGGGAAGGAGUCUUAAUUGAAGAUAAUCCUGAUCUUGAGAAGCAAGCUUGGCUGGCUCUUUCUCAAGAAGAAGGAAAAUCUCCUCCCCCAGCUUUUAUUCUUAGAAGAGUAGAAGGCAUGAAGAAUGAGCAGGCGAUAUCUGAAGUUCUGUGCUGGUCAAGAGACCCAGCUCAAGUGAGAAGAAUGGCUGAUAGGAAAGAAGAGAUAUACCAGGCUUUACAAGGCGGGAUUUAUAGUCUACGAGCUGGGUCAAGAGAGUUUGUGAAUAUCUUGAUGCAUUACAAGAUACCCAUGGCAUUGGUUUCUACGCGUCCUAGAAAAACUCUCGAGACUGCAAUUGGAACAAUUGGCAUUGAAGGCCACUUUACUGUGAUUGUAGCUGCAGAGGAUGUUCACAGGGGGAAACCUGAUCCAGAGAUGUUUAUGUAUGCAGCACAGCUUCUAAAAUAUAUUCCUGAGCGGUGCAUUGUGUUUGGGAACUCAAAUCAGACAGUGGAGGCUGCCCAUGAUGCGCAGAUGAAGUGUGUUGCUGUUGCUAGCAAGCAUCCUGUCUAUGAGCUUGGGGCUGCAGACUUGGUGGUGAGGCACCUAGAUGAACUUUCAGUGGUUGAUUUGAAGAAUCUUGCUGCUAUUGAAUCUGCUGAAUUUGGGCCUGGAGAGCCAGAGUUGGAGCUGGAGGAGGAAAAGGUUGAAACAUCUUCAUCAACCUUGACAGAAUUUGAUGAUAAGUUCUGGUAACCCCAUAAAAUGUACAGUUCUAUAUUCUUAAUCUGAUUCUUGAUGAUAAUAGUUCUAUGUUACUGUGUAUAAGAAAAAAAAAAGAGGGGAAAAAAAGGUGGUCUGCAUUGGACUACUUUAUUGUCAUCAUGUAUGUACUUUCUAUACAAUAAGCAUUUGGAAUUUCCCACA